AUGUCGACUGAGAAGGCCACACAAGCCAUUCCCUGCUCUAUGCCGGGGUCACCUAACACUGCCGAGGGGGCUACUUCUUUGCAGGAGCUGCGGAGCCAGAUUGCUGCUCAAGCCGGCAGGCUUAUACUUGUCAGCGAGAAGAAGCACAGCAAUGGCUAUAGCGUCUACUACCAGUGCUACACACCAAGCAACGUACGAGAUCUGAGCCUCGCGAGACACAGCGCCCUGCACCAAGGCAAAAAGCCAACACCAGAACAAGCGCUUGUCAUUUUUUGCGUGCAGCCGGCCGCCAGCAGCGAGAACAUCUGCCAGAAAUAUUACGAAGAAGUGCUGCAACGGUGGCAACAGCGCUACAAGAAGGGAGAUCGUCCUGGUGUUGAAAAAAAGCUGAGGGAUGCAGAGGCCCGAAGAGCCACAAUAAGGCAAGACACACUCGAGAGGCUGGCAAAACACAUGCUACGCAUACAGCAGGCGUUGGGCAAGAGGGAGGAACUCUUCAACUCCAAAUGUACACAAACACAAAAGGCAAGCAAUAAAGCGUUAGCGAGGGUGCUGGAGGCACUGCACCGCCGCGCUAAGAGGCAGCAGGAGCUCAAAAACAAAUUCAUGGAACUUUACAAGAGGAGUGCAAGGUUGGUACCAGUCUUACUGUCGCAAUUGACGCUGCCAACAGAUAAUCUUAGACUCUUGUGUCGCAAGUUGCAAGAUGCAUUGCAAGGGGGACACCUGUGCUUUAGGGUUAAGGGCUACAGGAAGGACGCGCUCUGCAUAAACAGCAGCACGCAUUAUUGCCAAUAUUGUAAAUUUCAAUUCUUGAGUAGAGACAAAAUUUUGGUCGUCACUAUGUGGCACAGGAACCGCGAAGAGGUCAAGCGCCGGGCAGCGGAGCUGCAGCGGCGCAUAGAAGCACGAGAGAAGCAAGCACACGCCUUGCGCUGUGAACAGCUCCAAAAGAAACGAAAGAAGGGAUCCGCAGCAGCAGCAGCCGACAAGACAAACAGUGCCUCUUCAUCCGUCACCACUGAAGCAUAG